AUGAGCUAUUUUGGAUUGACCAAGCUGAUUGGCAGAAUCCCAGUCUUGGCACCAGCUCAAAACGAGGCGAAAUCUUUGGAAAACCCCAAGCUCAUCAAAAAUCUUCCGCCGCUUGAAUCCAUCAUCAGCCUGCAAGACUUUGAAGAUGCUGCAAGAUCUUGCCUUAACGAGCGGUCCUGGGUAUAUGUUUCUGGUGCUUCUAACGACUGCUACACAGCGUCCAAGAACACCGAGAUGUAUCAGUCCGUCUUUUUGCGACCUCGAGUCUGUAGGCCUAUCAGUCAGGUCGACACGAGCACAGCAAUACUGGGCCACCGCUUUCAAGUUCCCAUCUUCAACGCUCCCGCGUCCUUGGCUAUGCUAACGCACCCGUCAGCUGAGGUUGGGUUGGCAAAAGGCCUGUCAGCGUCCGGAAGCACUAUUAUAGUGCCUACCCUCGCAUCCUACUCGCUGGGCGAGGUCGCCGAAGGUCUGCCCCAGAACCAUCCCUUCUUUUUCCAACUGUACAUUCCUCGAGAUCCCUCAGCAUUAGCCAAACUCCUGGAAGAAAUCCGUCGUGCUUCACCAGUGGCUGUCAUGGUAACUGUGGAUCUACCGGUCUUUAGCAAAAGAGAGGCAAACGAGCGUUAUGAGAUGAGAAUGGCGAAGGAAAAGGGCAACUCAAAGGACAACAAACAGAAGAAGAAGCAAUCCCGCGCCGCGAGUGCAGCAAUCAGCCCAGACGUCACAUGGACCCAAAUCCAAACGAUCAAGGAGAAAUUGGGAAUACCCAUCUUUAUCAAGGGGAUCCAGUGCGCCGAAGAUGCUAUGAAGGCCUUUGAAAGCGGCUGUGAAGGGAUUUACAUAUCCAAUCACGGCGGGCGGGGUGUUGACACAUCGCAGCCAGCGCUUCUAACCCUAGCAGAGAUCAAUAUCAAGUACCCAACGCUCUUAUCCAAAAUGAGUGUCUUUAUAGAUGGGGGUAUUCGUCGAGGCACGGAUGUUUUCAAAGCCAUCUGUCUCGGUGCUCACGGUGUCUGUCUUGGUCGACCUUUCUUUUAUGCUCUGAUGUAUGGAGAGGAUGGUGUGCGGCAUCUGAUGAAUAUCUUGCGAGAUGAGCUGGAAAACGCCAUGCAGUUGUGUGGAACACAAUGCUUAAGUGAAGCUCACCCGGGAUUCCUGAACACCAAGGCCCUUGUGAGUAUGGUUGAUACAGGCGAAGUGCUAAACAUGGGAAGCAAACUAUAA